UACACAGGGACUAUUUUUGCAUAUGGACAAACAUCUUCUGGUAAAACACACACCAUGAUGGGCGAUGAGUCUGAGCCUGGUAUUAUUUUGCUGGCAGUUGAGAAUAUUUUUCGUCACAUUUCAAAAGUAAGCAGUUUACUAGUUGAAUUUCUAUUGCGUGUUUCUUACCUUGAGAUUUAUAACGAAGUUAUUCGCGACCUUCUCGAGCCGGGAAAUAUUAAUUUGAAAAUUCAUGAAACCAUCAAUCGUGAUAUAUUCGUUGGCAAUCUUUCAGAGCAUGUUGUUAGUUCAGCAGUUCAGAUUAAAGAAAUUCUUGCUAUUGGAGAAGGAAACCGCCAUAUUGGAGAAACCAACAUGAAUGACAAAAGUAGUCGCUCGCAUACCAUUUUUAAAAUGGUAAGCCAAACUAAAUCUGUGGAUAAUGCAGACGCAGUCAAAGUUUCUCAAUUGAAUCUGGUAGAUCUAGCUGGCUCAGAACGAGUUGGGCACACCGGUGCAGAGGGUAUCCGUCUCAAGGAAGGUGGUCAUAUCAACAAAAGUCUUCUUACUUUAUCGACAGUGAUUGGAAAGCUAUCAGAUGGUGGUGACAAACGUCAUAUUCCAUAUCGCGACUCAAAGCUCACAAGGAUUCUUCAGCCAUCCAUUGGAGGAAAUGCAAACACUGCUAUUAUUUGCACCAUUACACCAGCUCAACUACACUCUGAUGAAACACACUCGACACUUCGCUUUGCUAGUCGAGCCAAAACAAUCACUAACAAACCGCAGGUUAAUGAGGUAUCAUUUUACUUGAUAAUAUUGCUUUAG